CAUGCGACCUCCGCAGAUCCAAAAGCUAACAGCUUCGCCUUUCCGCAAUCCACACUCAAUACACCCACGUCCACACAGCAACCUAUACGCAAACGCUAAAAGAGGGAAAAGAACAAAAACACCGCCCACGAUGACCCCCUCCUCUCCACGCCGCUGCGCUGUUGCGCUGCUGUGCGCCGCACUGGUGCUCGCCGCCGUGUGCGCGCGUGCCGCCUCCAUCGUCGUCAAUGGCGACAUCUCCCAGUCCGGCGACACCUUCAACGGUGACAAAAUCACCUUCGAACUCGACUCCGUCAGGGCGGACGUCGUGACGGUGCAGCUGAUGAACUCGAAGGUCGCGGGCGACGGUCUGACCAUCCAGGGCUACAUCAACUCCGUGCCGGCAGCCGUGACCACGCGCAUCAGCAUGAGCGUCACCUCCACCACUGUCACCAGCUCCGUCAUCGCCUUCACCGACUACAUGCCGCCAAACUCCGACAUCCGCCUGGCCGCCACCACCGGCACACUGACCGCCGCGCAGUCGCUGUUCGACUUCAGCGGCCUCACACUGGAGAAGAACGUGACCGUCACGGUGGAGGAGUCCAGCGUCACGUGGCCCAGCGGGUCCACCAACACCGGCAGCAUCGUCACGUACAACUCCGGCGGCAGCGGCUCGAGCAUCAGCAAGAACAGCGCGCUCUUCAUCCUCAACGCCACCGCCACCAACGGCGCGUCGGUGCUGCACAUCAGCACGGGCUCCGUCUUCCCCGUCUCGGACAGCAGCGUGCUGGCGGUUGACUACGGCCAUUGCAUCGGCUGCAGCAGCGCGAUGGUCGACAUCGGCGUUGCGCUGCAGGUGGACGGCUCCAGCGUGUUCCGUGUCACGAAGAGCACCGUGGUGGGCGGCGACAAGGGCCUGCUCAGCUCCACCGGCGAGGUCAGCGUGACCGAUCAGUCGCUGUACCUGAUUGCCGACUGCAUCAUCGAGGCCGGCAGCUUCUUCAACUUCGCCGACUCCGGUGACACCGCUUUCAAGUUCGUUGUGACCCAGUCCACCGUGUCUUUCCUCGACCUCGUGGGGCCCAGCACCGGCAUUCUCAGCCCCAAGGUCGUCCCCACCACCAACGACGGCACUGGCGUCGUCAUCGCCGGCGGCUGCACCAUCGCCGACACCGCCCUAACCACCAUAGACGCCUACAGGGAGAAGGGGAUCGAUGCGACCAAGGUGGUGGACAGCAACGGCGCCGCCGACAGCACCUGCGCCAACGCCCAGUGCGUGCCCGGCCACUCCAAGCCCGGCUCCCCCGAGGAGGCCGGCAUCGAGUGCUCCUGCACCUGCACUGAGAGGGCCUACAACCCGCCCGCCUGCACCACCGCCAGCGACCCCACGCAGACCUACGACGACACCGCCACGUGCACGGUCCUGAACUGCGCCACCUGCGACCGCCUCUAUCCGAGCUCGCGCUGCACGCAGUGCAACCCCGGCUACGAGCUCUCCCCCACCUACCAGUGCGACGCAACCACCACCACCACCACCACCACCACGACCACCACCGCCGUGUGCAACGUGCAGUAUUGCAUAAAGUGCGACCCCAAUGACGGCUCCAAAUGCACCACGUGCCGCAACGGCUACAAACUCGUCAGCGGCUCCUGCAUCGCCAACAUCGACGGUGCCGCCGCCGUGCAGUCCGUCCUGCUCGCAGCGGCGGUGUGCGUCGCUGCCGUCUACACCCUGUAG